AUGCUCUCUCGAAUCUCUAGUUUCCAAAGUUGCACCAGUAAGGGUAUGAUCAGAGUUCAUUCCCAAUCAUGGGCUAGAUUUUACAAUGCAACGAAUGCUUCAUUCAAAAUACCUAAAGCUCUAAAUGAGCCAAACCAUACCUACGCAAAGAACUCAUCCCAAAGGAAAAAUCUCGUUUCUGCCCUCGAACAUCUACAGAAAAGAACACCGAUUGAAGUACCAAUCAUGGUGAAUGGUUUGAAGAUUAAAACCAGUCGCAUUUCUUAUCAGCCCAAUCCCUCUAACCAUGCCUCCUCUGUUGCUUCUUAUUCAAAUGCCUCUCCUUCUCAUGUUACGGAUGCCAUCUAUGCUGCUCUUAGUGCCAAGUCUGAGUGGGAGUCUUUCUCAUUUGCCGAACGAGCAGCAAUUUUUUUGAAGGCUGCAGACUUGGUUUCUGGCAAGUACCGGUAUGAAAUUAUGGCCGCAACAAUGCUGGGCCAAGGCAAGAAUGCAUGGCAGGCCGAGAUUGAUGCAGCAGCCGAACUGGCGGAUUUCCUUAGAUUCAAUGUACAAUAUGCAGAAGAAUUGUAUUCUCAGCAGCCUUGUCAUCACUCACCGGGUGUGUGGAACAGGAUGGAGUAUAGACCAUUGGAAGGUUUUGUCUAUGCAGUCUCGCCAUUCAACUUCACCGCCAUCGCGGGAAAUCUAGUUUGUGCACCUGCCUUGAUGGGGAAUGUGGUUGUUUGGAAACCCUCUGAUUCAGCUAUUGCCUCGAGCUGGCUCUUGUACAACAUCCUCUUAGAGGCUGGGCUGCCGAAAAAUGUUAUCCAGUUUAUCCCAGGACCUCCCGAGGAAACAACCGAAGUGGCUCUAGCGCAUAGAAGUUUAGCCGCUUUACACUUUACCGGGAGUACUGCUGUAUUUCGAAAACUAUAUGAGGCUGUAGCUAUUGGUGUUGCCCGAUCAAGGUAUCUAGGCUACCCCAGAAUUGUCGCUGAAACUGGGGGUAAAAACUUCCACUUGAUACACCCUUCUGCUGAUAUUGAAAACGCUGCUAUCCAGACAGUACGUGGAGCAUUUGAAUAUCAGGGCCAGAAGUGUAGCGCAACUUCGCGUGUUUAUGUUCCAAGAUCAAUUUGGCCGCAGUUUAAAGAGAGACUCAUGGCGGAAACUUCAUUCCUUGCAGUUGGGCCACCUACUGAUUUUAGGAACUUUAUCGGCCCUGUCAUUCAUGCACGAUCGUUUGAAAAACUAUCCAAUACCAUUGAUGCCGCUAAGGAUGACGACGAACUUGAAUUGCUCUGUGGAGGCAAGUAUGAUAAAUCCCAAGGAUACUUCAUUCACCCAACAAUAUACGUAACUAAAAAUCCUAAACAUCCUAUGCUAUCAAUCGAGCACUUCGGCCCAGUCCUCACUAUUUAUGUAUACGGAGACAAGUUAUCUCCCUCGGAAGAUUUUCAAUCUACUUGCGUACUUAUAGAUGGCACAUCAGAUUAUGGUCUUACUGGCUCUAUUUUCGCAACUGAUCGUAAAGCUAUUCGUUAUGCUGAAAACGCCUUACGGAACUCUGCAGGAAACUUUUACAUCAACUGUAAGAGCACUGGCGCAGUGGUAGGACAGCAGGCUUUUGGUGGGGCUCGGGCCAGUGGAACUAAUGAUAAAGCGGGUAGCAUGAAUCUUUUAGCCAGAUUCGUAAGCCCGCGAAGUAUUAAGGAGGAGUUUAACCCGUGUACAUCUGUGCAAUAUCCGAGUAAUGAAGUGUAG